AUGCCUCCUGGAAUUUCUAUUGAUUCUUCUUCUAAGGUGUGCAAGUUGCAAAAAUCCUUAUAUGGUCUCAAGCAGGCAAGCAGACAAUGGUACUCUAAACUCUCAUCUUUUCUGAUUUCUUUAGGAUAUGCUCAAUCUCAAGCUGAUCACUCUUUGUAUGUGAAGUCUUACCAUAAUUGUUUUACUGCUAUCUUAGUGUAUGUUGAUGACAAAGUCAUUGCUGGAAGUUCUUUGUCUGAGAUUGCACAAGUUAAGCAGGUUUUAGAUCAGAAAUUUCGAAUAAAAGACCUUGGUAAGCUCAGGUUCUUUUUGGGAUUCGAAAUUGCUAGAUCCUCUCAGGGCAUUUUCAUAAAUCAGAGGAAAUACACUCUUGAAUUGUUGGAGGACACAGGUUUUCUUGCAGCCAAACCAUCCUCUGUUCCUUUUGAUCCGAACCUCAAGCUUUCUCCUACUGAUGGUGCUCCUCUAGCUGAUCCCACCCUGUAUAGAAGACUCAUUGGAAGAUUGAUCUACUUGACCAACACUAGGCCAGAUAUCUCAUUUGCUUUGCAACAUCUGAUUCUAUACGUUUCUAAACCUCAUGAUUCUCAUUAUCAGGCUGCUACUAAGGUGUUGAAAUUCCUUAAGUAUACUCCGGCUAAAGGCAUCAUAUUCUCAGCUUCCAGCAUUCUUAAAUUGUGUGCUUUUGCUGAUUCUGACUGGGCCAGGUGUCCCACCACAAGGAAAUCUGUUACUGGUUUUUGUGUGAUUCUUAGCUCUUCUCUUCUUUGCUGGAAGUCCAAGAAACAAAACACAGUAUCCAGAUCCUCUACUGAGGCCGAGUACAGAGCUUUAGCUUCUCUUACUUGUGAGAUUCAAUGGUUACAUUACUUGUUUAAUGACUUCAACAUUAGUUUUUCUCAACCAGCAGCCGUUUCUUGUGAUAGCAAAUCUGCUAUCUCUUAA